CAACACAUCUUGAAACUUCGUUUCCGAACCGUCAGUUCACGUUUCGCCAAAUCCGAGGGGCGCUAUGGGUCGACCGCAGGCCCCAGUCAGUCUAGCCCCCGGAACUCGUCCCUGUGUGCAUAUAACCCCAAACCGAGGGCAACUCCAGCCCAACGUGUCUCGGCCUGGUAUAACCCCAGUCUACUUGGCCCGAACUAGAGUGCCGAUUUCAGUCAAUUUCAGCUGAUCAGGCACGUGCAUAUCAAAACCAAUAGCCUCCAAAAAAGCACAGGAACCAUGUCACAAUUGCUCAUCGACUGCCUCAAGGAGAACCUAGAUCCAGAGCUUGCCUCCAAACUAGAAACCGAUGAAACGCUUCGAAGCGAAACGGCAAAAUACAUCAACGAUCUUUUGGUGAAUGAUCAGCUUCUUUCUACUGACCUGUUUGCAAGCACAAGCUCGGCAGUCCCGGGGAAAACGACGCUAACCGAGGAAAUCGCCGAGCUAGACCUGCGAGCCCGGCAAAUCGACAUGGAAUUGGCCAGAACAACCAACGAAAACCGCGAUUUGAUCAUCAACGUGAGCCAGGACCUCAAGGCGGCGUCUGUCAAAAUCCACUCCAGGCUCGACGCCGAGAUCGACGCCAUUCUCGUAAACAUCCGGGACAUGCAUGUGAAGUGGGACAUGCCAGCCAAAACCCGAGCUGCCGAGAAAGCUGCAGCAGCCAGCAAUUCCGUGCUUUUCGACUUCGACUCUGUCUUAGAUGUCUUGGAGCUCCCGACGUUGUGUAAGCUAUGCAUCUUGCAAGGAAACUACCAGGAGGCAUUGGAGAUCUCAAUGACGGUUAAGAUGCUUAUCAUCAAGUUCCCCACUUUGCAGACUUUCCGCAUGAUCGAGGACAAGAUCAAAGCCGAGCUCCAGAUCAUGGUCAAAGGCUUGAUCAAGCUUCUCAACACGAACUUGAAACAGUCGAGCAUCUUGAAAAUCUUUCAGAUCUUGAACCGGCCCGACUUGCUCAACAUUGCCGAUGGGUCCGGCAUCGAGACGACUUCCAACACCCCAGCCCGUGCCAGCGGGUUGCAAAACCGCUCGCUCAAAGUCAUUUUUUUGAAUUCUCGCUUCAAGUUCAUCACAAGCGAACUUGCCUCCUUGAAACCAUUGCUCAAGUUGAAGAAAGUCACUUACUUGAAACGCUGCAUCGAAACGUACAGAGAACAUCUCUCGAACUCACUUUCGAUAUACCGAGCCAUCUUCCACUCAGUUACAGCCGUCGGAAACAAAAACGAAGACGACUUUCUAAUGCACACAUUUGUCAAAAGCUUGGUCAAAAUCUUGAUUUCGGAGCUACGGGAACACUUCGAGGGCAUUGGCUCAGCGAACAACGAUGAUGACGUGGAGAUCAAGGGACACAAAGAUGGCGUGGUGCUCCAGCUCAUAUAUCUUUGCAAAUCUUUGGACAAGUACGGCUUGAAUUUCGAGAGCAUGCUCACGUGGGAGUUAUGCUUGGUCAAGCCUCUGUUAGUAAGCCAGGACGACUGGUCGAGAAACUUGUUGAAGGUCAAGAAGUUUCGUUCAUAAGUACAUAUAACCCGCUUCGACUCACUGAAGACUGUUCAAGCCAAACAAGUAACCCAACUCUCUUCUUCCAAGAUGACUGCUCGACUUCAAGGCGUUUUCAUCGAGCGCCGAGCCAAUCAACUCUUUUUUCCUCUCCUGAAGAUCCAUGAUUCUGUCUUCGACACUGUUCCGGAUCAACAACCGAUAGACCUUGACUGAUCGCUCUUGCCCAAACCUGUGUGCCCGGUCCAUGGCCUGGUCCUCGACAUACGGGUUCCAGAACGGGUCCAUGAUCACCACGUGCGACGCAC